CUGUCUUUCUUCGCUUAGCUUCCCCUGUUUGUCUUUGUAUUUGUGACUGUUUUCCAGUUCAGUCUUUUUAUCUUUCUUAAUCUUGAAUUGGCCGCUGUAGCUGAUUCUCUUACUAUCGGAAAUCAGAUCGAGAAGUACCUGAAUGAAGAGUGACGCUUUUGAAGAAGCAUUUUUGUAUCUGCUUAGCUCUAUGCUCCUUGACUGUGCAGGAACUAUACUUUUCUAUGUGCAAUUAGUCACAGAAUUUGGAGCUCCUACUCUCUGUGAACGCUUUGCAGAAAAUCUUGUCUAAUUUUGUCCAGUGCUUUUUUUUUUUCAUUUCUUUUUCGUUAUACAUUGACUGCAAGCCUGUGUUGAAAUCUUUCCAGACCGGUGUGGCUCCAUGCAGCUCAUCUGUGCUGAGCGCCAGAUUUUAGCAGAGUAAAGUAUCAAUUAAUGUGAAAGUCAGUCCUUUUUAGACCCAAUGGAACAUCAAUUCCCACCUAUUCUUGCUGAAAUAUAUCCGACAGUGCCAUUUAUCAAUGGAGAUCCCACGUAUCCUAUGGAAAAUUGGACUCUGGACCCCAAUGCUAUGGCAACAUAUUCUCAUUAUUCACAGACCAUGAUUCAACCUAAGAUAUACAACACAUGGACUUCUUGUCCCCAAUACUGGACUCAAGUUAUAUUCAUUCAAGUUAACCCGGGCGAGGUCCUUACCAUAAAAGCUGAUGAUGGGUCCGUUCAGCACAUUCAAGGACCUUUAGAAGAACCUCUAAUAGCACCAACCGGUAAUUUGCCACCAAUAUACCUUCCUCCUGGUUACAUAUCUCAGGUGGUGGAAGAAAAUGGAAUUCAGAAAAUUAUUGUUGUGCCUCAGACACUUGACUAUAACAUGGCCCUGAGUGCUCCUGGGCAUCAGCUGUCACCCUUCAUAGCACCACCACAGUUCACAUACCCCCAGGCCCUUCCAUUUAUGUAUCCCCCAGUUCAAGGGGAAUUUCCAAUGCCUUACAUGCAAGAAUUUGUUCCACAGCAGAUACCACUACCUGCACCACCGCUACCACCUCCGAUUCCGAUGCUACCACCACCACCAGCAUUUAUGUACCAGGAGCAUCAUGAAACCUAUCUUCAAGGAAGAGUAAACCAUAACCAAUUUGUUGAAAGGACUGUUAAAACGGGAGAUUAUUCAAAGAAGAAAAUGAGAGAUCGCCAAUUUGGUGAACAUAAGACUAGAUCCAUGUUUAAUGACACUCCUUUGCUUCUAAACAAAACCAUUGACAUGUCAGCUACUCACACUCCAGGCAUUCACAUUGAUAACAAUACUUCAAGCAUUUGCUCUCUGAAUAACAUCUUAAGCACUUGUGCUAUUGACAAUACUCCAAAAAACUACAUUGCUAACAGUCUUCUAGACAUUAACACUACUAACAAAAUCACUAGUUCCUCUGAUCAUGCCCCUAGCACUUCUACCUCAAACACUGCUCUUUGCUUUGACACCAUUAAUAGUGCUCCAAGCCUUUCCAGAAUUAGUCAUGAUCCAGUCACCUCUGCUGGAACUCAAAAAUAUUCAAAUGCUGAUAGUACUCCACGCUGUAUUUCCGAGAGUGCUCACUAUGUUUUAAUCUCUGAAAAUGCUCAUAUCCCCUCUUCAAUUACUAAUGCUCUCAGACCUUCUGGUGCUGCCAGCAUUUCCAACAUUACCAGGGCUUAUACUGAAAAUAAUCAUGGAAAGAGAGAGAAUAAUAUGGGAGGUGGAGACAAUAAGCAGAUGUCAGGUGGAAAACAAAAGAAGACUCAGUCGUCAAAUGCAGCCCUAAAAGAAAACAAUACAGAAUACAGAACACAGCCAUGCUGUUUCAACAUUGAAAAACCUGUGGUUUCUGAUAUUCAAACACGAUCUGCUACUGUAUCAUGGAAUCCGAACAGUACUGAAAACAGUGAUCAUAUUAAUUCUCCUGUGACAUUUGAAUUGGCACUGUCUAGCAAUGGUAAAAAUGGAAUCUAUAAAAAUAUUUAUAAUGGUAAAGAAGUUACUGUGGCGCUACAUGACCUACAGCCCUGCACAGUCUACUUUUUAAGAAUUACAACUGUAAGAGGCGAAGAACACAGAAGUGUGUCUGAAGUGAUUAGCUUCACAACACCUGGCUGUGAACCAGACCCUCCACUUGCACCCAAACUAAUUAACAGAACCAAGAACAGCCUGAAUCUACAGUGGAAAGGUUCUAAAGAUAAUGGAUCCAAAAUAAGCAGCUUUCUUUUGGAAUGGGAUGAGGGUAAAGGUGAAGAGUUCAAAAGUUGCUACAGUGGUUCCAUGAAACAGCACAAGAUCUUUAAAUUGAUGGCUUCCACGAAGUAUUCAUUCAGAUUAGCUGCCAAAAAUAACUUCGGAUUCAGUAAUUUCAGUGAAAUAGCAGUCUUCUAUACAUCAGGAAACACACCUCCAGCACCGCUGCCACCUAAGUUGAAAGAAGCAGGAGUCUACAGUUUGUCGCUUGAAUGGUGUGCCCCAACAAACCCAAACCCAAAUGACACUCUUACUUAUGUACUAGAGAUGGAGGAACCAAGAUCUGGGUUGGGUUUUAAACCUAAAUACAAUGGAGAAGACCUCUCCUGCACUGUAAGAAACCUUCAGAGAAAUACUGCAUACAAGUUUCGGAUUUUUGCCUACAAUCUAGAAGGAAGAAGCAACUCCAGUGGAGAAGUAAAAUACUCUACUCGUCCAGCCAAGCCUGGAUACCCUAAAAAACCAUAUGUAGUGGGAGCAAUCUAUGCACACCAAGUAAAAAUUGGAUGGGACUCCCCCAAAGAUAAUGGAGGAAUGCACAUUUCAAGUUACAGCUUAGAAGUCAGUGAAAAUUCAGAUGGUGCAAAUGUCUGGAAGAUAAUCUACAAUGGCACCCUACAGGAAUUUCUGUAUAAUGACCUCCAACCAGGAACCACAUAUAAACUUAGAGUCUUUUGCACUUCACCUGUAGGCCAAAGCCAGCCUUCAGAUGUAUUGACAAUUCAGACGCCUACUCUGCCUCAAGAGUCUUGUCGUUCACUGCCCUUAAAUGGUAAAACCAAGUGCAAAAACACCAACCUUCUCCUUGGCAAUCGUUCUGUUAAUGGGAACUUGAAAACAGUCGUGCGUGGCAAAAAAGCAAAAAGUCCCCGGAAUGACAGAAAGGGGAGCCCUGGCUCUGAAAAGAAAUGUGCACUUGGAUCUCAUUCAAUGAAGUGUGGAACUGUACCAGCCCGGCACCCUCCUUCUCAGUGUGGUACACCUGUGUUAACCUGCAAGGGUCCAACCUGUGUUAUUGUCAGUUGGGAAAUUCCUAAAUGCAAUGGUGCUGAAAUCACUGAUUACCGACUGCAGUGGGGACAAAUUGAAGAUUCCAUGCAUUUGAUUUACACUGGCCCUUGUUUGCGCUAUGAAGUUAAAGGUCUUAUUCCAGCAACCACAUAUUUUUGCAGAGUCCAGGCUGUAAAUAUAGUUGGGGUUGGAAUGUUUGGAGGAACUGGAAAAGUAACUACACCAGGAACUGUACCCGCCAUAGUUCCAAUGUUACAAGAAGUUGAAGACAAAGUGCCUGCCAAAUUGUCGUCAUCUUGCAUAGCUAUCCAGUGGGAGGAACCAGACUGCCAUGGCUCUCCAAUCACUGGAUAUAACAUUGAAUAUGGAGAUAAAAAAAUCUUGACUGUUGAUCUAGGACCAGAAUGUGUUCUAAAAAAUCUGCAGCCUAAUACUACAUACAGAAUCAGAAUUCAAGCUAUUAAUCAUUAUGGGCUAAGCCCUUUUAGCCCACCAAUAAGAAGUAAAACCAAACCACUACUUAGCCCACCAAUAAGAAGUAAAACCACACCACUACCACCAGAGCCUCCACUGCUUCAUUGUGUAGUCUGUGGACACCAAAGUCUCAGAUUCAAAUGGGGCAAUGCCUCAAACAAGAAGUCACUUGCCAACUUUAUAAGCUACAACUUAUUAAUGGAAGAACGAUCUGGCAGAUUUUCUGUCAUUUACCAUGGGCAUACUCUCAAUCACAAAGUGCAAAAACUGAGUGAAUACACACAGUACAAGUUUAAAAUACAGGCAUGUAAUGAAGCUGGUGAGGGACCACAGUCUGAUGUCUACACUUUCACGACCACAAAAACCCCGCCUGCUGCGCUUAAAGCACCUAAAUUACAUCCACUAAAUAACAACAGUUGUGAGAUCAAAUGGGAUUCCUUGAAUCCAGUUAAAGGUGAUCCCAUCAUUUACUGUCUUCAAGUCAUCACUGGAAAGAAAGCGGAACAGAUUUACAAAGGACCGAACACUACCUUUUGCUUUUCCAACUAUCUUGCAAAUUCAAGAUAUCGCUUCAAAGUCUGUGCCGGACGUCAAUAUGAAAAUUCUGAUGGUGUGCAAGAGCUCUGGGGGCCAUAUAGCCCCAGCACACUCUUCUCAACUUACAAGCAUCAGUCAGGGCAUGGCAAAGGCGGUGGAGGUAAAGGAAAAGGCAACCACAAUGACAAAGAUGAAAAGUACAAGACAGAAAUGAGAGAUGAUACCUUCGUUCUAAUCCUUAUGAUAGGAUUUGCUCUUAUUGCCAUUUUGUGUGCUGUUGCAAUUCAGUACUUCCUGAUCAACUAGUCUAUUCUUUUAGGAAGGAGGAAAGUGCAUUACAUCAAACUUAGAAAGCCUUAGAUACAUCUUAACUAAUACUUCAAAAUAAAGCUUACCGAUAGAAGCUAUUAUCAUCAAAGGAACUGCCUUAAUAUCUAAGAGCUUUUAAUGUGACAGUAGAGAAGGUUUUUAAGGAAAUAGGUGUACUUUGAAUUCCAUCAUUUUUCAACAAAACAUUAUAUUAUGAUGCAAAGCUAAGGCCUUUUGUUGAAACUAUUUCCUGCCUUAUCUUUUCAAGUCAGUCUUUUCCAAAAUUUCUGGACUAUGAGAUAAUAGCAGUCAGUGUUUUGGAAUUGUACUUGGAACGAAAUGAGAAAAAAAAUCACUUCUAUAUGUCCAGAUACCAUCCAUAUGAAGAAAUAAAACGUAUCUACCAAA